ACCUCCGAAUCAUCAAUGGCGGGCUCUCCCUCCUCGCUACCAUAUAACCCCGCACCGCACGCAGAAUCCUCUCCCCAUCCCAUUUCAGCCCCCGCCACCCUCCACACACACAUGGCGCCGCCGUCGGCGCGGAAGAAGCGCAAGGUGCGCCUGCCGGAGAACGAGGAGCUCGCUCGCAAGAUCCUCGAGAAGCACCGCUCGAUGAUAGCGGAGCAACCGGGCGGUCUGUCGGAGCACCAGGGCCAGGCGCUCUCCGCCGCCUACCGCGGCGUCUGCCUCGCCAACCUGCCCUUCAGAACACCCACUGACCUGUCCCGUAUCAAGGGUGUUGGAGAUUGGGUCGUUCGUGUCAUGGAAGAAUCCUUUCCAGAGAGUAAUACACCAGGAGAAACAGGGAAGAAAAUAAAACAAAAACAACCUUAUGCUCCACAGAUUGGUUCAGCUCCAUACGCAAUAGUGAUCACUCUCUACAGGGAACUGAUGAGAGGGAAGGAUUUUAUGCUGAAACAAGAACUUAUUGAUGCUUCUGAAGCCAGUGGUCUGUCACGUCAUGGAAUAGGCCCAAACAACUACAAAUCAAAACAGGUGAAUUCUUGCAAGGAUAGGUACACUGGAUGGAGCUGCAUGAAGACAUUAAUAUCUAAUAAACUAGUCAUAAAGUGGAGUCACCCUGCAAAGUAUGAGCUAACAGAAAAAGGUAAAGAGACUGCCUGCAGUUUUCUUGCACGCUCUGUAUUAGACGACAAUCAUGCAGGACCUUCAAACCAUCAUUCUGAAGAAGAUUUCAGCGAUUCAGAUUCUGAUGAACAAUAUGAAAGGAGCAAUCCUCUCAUAGGUUCUGAAAAUUUUGCUGAAAGGGGCGGAGUUCGAAAAUCAAAAGCAGGCAAGGGACCUGCUACUGAUUCUCUUCUUCCAUCUCGAGAAAUGUUUGGAGAGUUAUCAUUUAGUGCAAUGGGUUCUGCUGAAAAUUCUCUACUAGCUAUGCCACCUCGUCAUUCCGAUGAAAACUUUCUAGAUGCUUAUGAUGUGGUGUUGAUAUUGGAUGAUCGAGAAACUCUUGGGCUCCGUAACAGAAGAAACGUUCUUAAUAACAUACACUCACAGUUUCAUGUAACUGUAGAGAUGAAACGCUUGCCUGUUGGGGAUGCACUUUGGAUUGCUCGCCGUAGAGGACAUGGUACAGACUAUGUUCUUGAUUUCAUUGUUGAAAGGAAAAAUGUGGAUGAUUUAUUUGGCUCAAUUAGAGACAACAGAUACAAAGAUCAAAAACUAAGGCUGAAGAAAUGUGGGCUAAGGAAGCUAAUAUAUCUGGUUGAAGGCGAUCCAAACACUGUAGAUGCACCCGAGAAUGUUAAAACAGCCUGCUUCACCACUGAGAUUCUUGAAGGAUUUGAUGUCCAGAGAACAACUGGGUAUGCUGAUACCGAAAGGAAAUACGGCCACCUUACACGUUCGAUAAUUGAUUACUACCGCACAAACUUCUCUGCUGCUGCUGAUUCUUCUCGACUUUGCCUGACCUAUGACGAGUUUGUGAAAAGGUGUUCUGACCUUAAGAAGGUCACUGUGAGCAAUGUAUUCGCCCUUCAACUUAUGCAGGUGCCACAAGUGACAGAAGACGCUGCUCUUGCUGUUACACGUCUCUACCCAACUGUUUUCUCACUUGCUCAGGCAUACUCCAUUCUUGGUGAUGAUAGGUGUGCCCAGGAGGAGAUGCUGAUGAACAAGAUCCACUUGGUUAAAGCAGGUCCUAGCAAAGCUAUCUUCAAGUUUGUCUGGGCUGGAGAUGAACUGUCCACACCUAGUCCCCCCUAAACCCAAAUGCAAGACUUUUAUGCUCGGAAGGCAAGAACAGGAUGGAUCCUUUUUGUGUGGCCUGCUGCCUUGGAAAAGUGAAAGUUUAAGAACAUGUACUGUAACCACUUAAAUGAAGGGUCCUAGCCUCACCUCCCACUAAUAUUUACCCUGUAGAAUUCCAUGCUGGACAAUAUGUAAUCUUUGCGUAAUGUAGGUGAACUACGGUUUCAUAUGUACUACCAGAUCUUAACUUAGUUGUUUGGAUCAUGCGUUUCUCUCAA